AUGUCACCCGAAAUAAUCUCCUCGUCUGAUCAGAGUCCCCCAAACAGCAUAAUCCACACGGUGGACUCGGAACCCACAAAAGGGCCAUCAGUGAUGGAGGGAAGUCCACAAGACAAGGAUGAUAUGCAUCGUAUGGGCAAGAUCCAAGAAUUCAAGCGGAACUUUCGACCUCUUGCCGCAUUGAGUUUCUCUGCCGUCCUCCAAGUUACCUGGGAGUUUAUGCUCAUCUCGAACACACAGGGCCUUCAGAAUGGCGGUCUUGCCGGUGUGCUUUGGUCUUACAUAUGGACCUCUGUGGGAUUUGGUUUUAUAAUCGUUUCCCUAGCUGAGAUGGCUUCGAUGGCUCCAACUUCAGGAGGCCAGUAUCAUUGGGUUUCGGAGUUUGCCCCCCUUCGUUAUCAGAAGUUUUUGAGUUACACCACGGUCGUUACUAAGAAAUAUGAUACAGGCUGGAUGUCUGUUCUAUCCUGGCAAGCCGGAGCUGCAUCUGGCUCAUUUCUCACAGGGACUAUCAUUCAAGGUCUCCUCGCUAUCCGCGACCCGAACUAUGAGCCACAAAGCUGGCAAGGAACCUUAUUCGUAUUCGCGAUGAUAGCUGUGAUAUACUUCUUCAAUGUCUAUGCAGCGAAUUGGAUGCCCCGAAUUCAAAAUCUGCUUCUCGCUCUCCAUCUGUUAUGCUGGGUCAUUAUUGUGGCUGUUUUGUUUGCUAUGGCUCCACAUAAUUCCGCGAAACGGAUAUUCACUGAAUUCCAUAACGGCGGCAACUGGCCUACAAUGGGAAUCAGCUUGAUGAUUGGUCAAAUUACAGCCAUUUACGGCUGUUCGGGCUCCGAUGCGACUGCGCAUAUGUCCGAAGAAGUUAAAGAUGCCGGUCGAUACGUCCCAAUCGCAAUCGCAUGGGGAUACUUCGGCAAUGGAAUACUCGCACUAAUUGUUCUCGUCGGAUUCCUCCUCGCUCUACCAUCGGUACCGGCCGCGCUUAAUGACAGCACGGGAUUCCCCUUUCUCUACGUCUUUCGACAGAUAGUUUCAAUAUCCGGCGUGAACGGACUUACAGCAACAAUCCUAGUUCCCGUCAUUUUCAGCAACGUCUUGUCCAACGCAUCAACAGCGCGUCAGACCUAUGCCUUCGCCCGAGACCGCGGACUCCCCUUCGCGAGCUGGAUCUCCCGAGUUGACCCGCACCGGCGAAUCCCAGUCCGAGCAAUCGCACUUUCGUGUUCAAUUAGUGUCUUAUUGUCAUUAAUCAACAUCGGCUCAGAAGUUGCAUUCAACGCUCUUAUAUCCCUCAACAUCGCUGCACUAAUGUACACAUACGCAGUUUCCAUCAGCUGCGUGAUAUACCGAAAGAUCGCCUGCCCUGAAACCUUGCCCCCUCGGCGUUGGAGUCUAGGUCGAGCUGGGCUCACUAUCAAUAUUAUCGGGCUGCUAUAUGUCAUUUUCGCGCUCUUUUGGUCAUUUUGGCCCCCACGGCCUUCGCCCUCCGCACGGGAUUUCAAUUGGAGUGUAGUGAUAUUCAUCGGUGUGUUCGUCAUCAGUCUUGCGAUGUAUCUGUGCCAGGGCCGACGGCACUAUGUUAGCCCUGUUGCGAUCGUCCAGCGAAGCAAUUAA